AUGCCGAGGUCUGUUCUCGUCCCCGCCACGGACUUCUCCCGUGACCUUGAGGAAAGGAGCCACGAGCCUCGGGGCAGCAGGAGCCAGGGACGCUUGGAUGGCAUCCGUCCAUCCCAUCUAUCCUCCCAGCUAGGACCUACACACACGGGAAGCCGUGGAAUGGGUGAGUUACCGGGACCUGUAACAGAAAAGCUACAGAUUUCCCCCAAAUUGGAUUCGGAGCAUCCUCUAACGGCUCACACUCCCGCCACCAAGUAUUACACGGCCCUGGUCACGGGAGACCUGAGAAGCCUCGAGGUCCUGACUGACCGAUACUAUCAAGAUGUCAACCUGGUUUUUGAGAUCAGUAAAAAUGAGCUGGAGUGGCAGGUGAAAAGCCAAGCCUCUUUUGGACUCUCAGGGCUGUGGUCGCUGGAGUACAAGCGGGAGCUGACCACCCCGCUGUGCCUCGUCGCCCACCGGGGUCACGCCGCCUGCCUGCGCCAUCUCCUCCGCCGACGGGCCGACCCCGACCUGGCGCCGGGGGGACGGGGGCCCCUGCACGAAGCCUGCCUGGGGGGGCACGCCGACUGCGUCGAGCUGCUGCUGGAGCACAAGGCUGACCCCAACCUGCGGAGUGACGAGGGUCUGGCCCCACUGCACCUCUGCACCGCGCAAGACUCCUUGGGAUGCGCCAAGCUCCUGCUGAGACACGGGGCCAUCGUCAACCUGCCCAGCGAGGAUGGGGAGGAGACGGCGCUCCACGUGGCGGCCAAGCACUGCCUCUGCGACCAUGCCCGCCUCUACCUGCGGCACGGGGCACGCGUCGACGUGCGCAGUGCGCAGGAGGACACGGCGCUUGGCGUCCUCUGCGGGCGGGUGCCGGGCACCGGCGAGGGCUGCCUGCAGCUUUGCCAGCUGCUGGCUGCCCACGGCGCUGACGUUGAUGCCCGGGAUGAGAUGCGGAGGAGCCCCUUGCACAAGGCGUGCGGUGCCGCCAACGCCGGCCUGGCACGCUUCCUCCUGCAGUGUGGGGCUGAUGUCAACGCCAUCGACUACGACGGCAUCUCCCCCCUGGGCUGCGUGCUGCAGAACGCCGCUUUCAAGAGGGAGCUGCGGCCCCACCUCACCGUCCAGCUGCUGCUCAACCACGGCUCCCAGAAGAUAUGGCCCCCCGCCUUCGUCAAGGUACUGAAAUCCUGCGCAGCCGUACCGGAGAUCAUCGAAGUCCUCUUCAAUUCCUACUCUCAAAUCUCCGUCUCCGAGAAGUGGGCCGAGGCCGUGCCAGAGGACGUGUUUCAGCAGCACCAGCUAUUCUACGAGUCCUUUUUCCGGCUGGUGGGCACAGCCCGGUGCCUGCAACAUCUAUGCCGCUCUGCCAUUCGGAAAAAGUUUGGCAGCAAAUGCCAUUGCCUUAUCCCCUUGCUGCCUGUGCCCAAGCCUCUGCACAAUUACCUGCUGCUGGAACCCGAAGGAGUUGUGCUUUGAAGGGCUGAGAGGAGCCGGCCGUGGUCUGCCAUCCAGCCCUCCCUUACCUCGUCAUCCCUCGGUGUAGCGCAGCAGCAUCCAUUUCUGUCAGCCAAGCGGAGGAGAGCCGGUUUUCGUGAUAGAUGGUUGUUUUUCAGGGAUUUAUAAUGUAACUAAAAUGUGCUUUC